GAGUGUGUCAACUUGAGCUCUGGCUGUGCAGGCACCGCUGCUGCGUGAGCCUGUUAUUCCAUUCUGGAUUGCUAUUUUGAUACACAGAUUGCAUCAUUCUUCCUACGUAUAAACAGGGGGUCCCCAGGGCCCUGCAGCUACUCACUUCUCCACCAACACUGUUGUUUUGAUGAGCUCUAUUUAAAUGAGCUGCCGGAUCCGGGCAGGUUCCAGCCACACAUGAGCAUUGUCAUUUUGGGGAACAUGGAGGGCUGAAGGAUUUUUUUUGGAUCGAGUCCUAAAAGGCUGAGAGUGAUGGCCUCCUGAGCUGAGCAGAGAGCGACAGAGCUAGUUCCUGAAAGUUGAAAAUCUCGUUUUCUUCCUUCUGAGCUUCUAUUCCAAGGCACCCAGAGGAUUAGGAAGGAGAUGCAGCUAGGAAGAGAGUCGCCUCUUUGAGGUCUCCCUCUUGCUGUUCAGUUUGGGAAAACUGCUGCAGAGCCUUCGAGAUAAACAGGAACAGGAGGAGUCAACCAAGCCCUUUCUUGCAGCAGCAUCUCAGAGUUCAUCUCCUGUCCGGGGUGUAAGCAAGUAUACCUUGCCAGGGAUGUAACUGAACAUUUCUUUCUGCACUGCUUUUCUGCUGGGCAAUCCACGAUGGCCAGGAACUGCUCUGAGUGCAAGGAGAAGAGGGCAGCACACAUCCUCUGUACCUACUGCAACCGCUGGCUGUGCAGCUCGUGCACGGAGGAGCACCGGCAUGGCCCCGUCCCUGGGGGGCCGCUCUUCCCCCGGGCCCAGAAGGGAUCUCCAGGAGUGAAUGGUGGUUCUGCGGACUUCGCCUUGUACUGUCCUCUUCACACACAGGAAGUGCUCAAGCUAUUCUGCGAGACCUGUGAUGUGCUCACGUGCCACAGCUGCCUCAUGGUAGAACACAAGGAACACAGGUGCAGACAUCUUGAAGAAGUUCUACAAAACCAGAGGAUGCUUCUGGAAAGUGUGACUACACAGGUGGCUCAUAAGAAAUCCAGUCUGCAGACUUCUGCAAAGCAAAUUGAGGACAGAAUUUUUGAGGUGAAGCAUCAGCACAGGAAGGUGGAAAACCAGAUCAAAAUGGCCAAGAUGGUGCUGAUGAAUGAGCUGAACAAACAGGCCAAUGGGCUUAUAGAAGAGUUGGAGGGCAUUACUAAUGAGAGAAAGCGGAAGCUGGAACAGCAGUUACAGGGCAUCAUGGUCCUCAACCGUCAGUUCGAGCAUGUGCAGAAUUUCAUCAACUGGGCUGUCUGCAGCAAAACCAGCGUCCCUUUCCUUUUCAGCAAAGAGCUGAUUGUGUUUCAGAUGCAGCGAUUGCUGGAGUCAAAUUGCAACACAGAUCCUGGCUCCCCUUGGAGUAUCAGAUUCACUUGGGAGCCAAACUUCUGGACCAAGCAACUGGCUUCCCUUGGCUGCAUAACUACUGAAGGUGGACAGCUGUCCCGGGCAGAUGCUCCUGCUUAUGGAGGCUUACAGGGACCAUCAUCCUUUUAUCAAGGCCACCAGUCCCCAGUGGCUCAGCAAGAGACUCUGAGCCACCCCUCACACAAGUUCCAGUCUCCAGCGCUGUGUUCCUCGUCUGUGUGCUGCUCCCACUGCUCCCCAGUCUCGCCCUCUCUCAAAGGCCAGGUCCCCCCACCCAGCAUACACCCGGGCCACAGCUUUAGGCAGCCCUCUGAGAUGGUGCCCCAACAGCUGGGCUCAUUGCAGUGCUCCACCCUGCUGCCCAGGGAGAAAGAAAUUCCCUGCACCCCUCAUCCACCAAAGCUGCUGCAGCCCUGGCUGGAAACCCAGCCUGCUGUGGAGCCGGAGAGCACACCCCAGAGGCUGGGGCAUCAGCUGGCUUCCCAGCCAGUGUGCAUCGUACCCCCACAGGAUGUUCAGCAAGGAGCCCAUGCCCAGCCCACCUUACAGACACCCUCUAUCCAAGUCCAGUUUGGCCACCACCAGAAGCUGAAGCUCAGCCACUUUCAGCAGCAGCCACAGCAGCAGCUGCCUCCUCUGCCACCUCUGCCGCCUCUGCCGCCUCCACCCCAGCAGCAGCCACCCCCACCUCUCCCUCCAUCCCAGCAUCUGGCUUCCGGUCAGCAUGAGAGCACUCCUGGGCCUGCCUGUUCCCAGAAUGUGGACAUAAUGCACCACAAGUUUGAGCUGGAGGAAAUGCAGAAGGACCUGGAGCUUCUCCUUCAGGCUCAACAGCCCAGCCUGCAGCUGAGUCAGACCAAAUCACCUCAGCAUCUUCAGCAAACCAUUGUGGGGCAGAUCAAUUACAUCGUGAGGCAGCCAGCACCUGUCCAGUCCCAGAGCCAGGAGGACACGGUGCAGGCUACAGAUGAGCCCUCAGCAUCGGAAGUCCCAAAGCCAGCUCUCUCUCUUGACAAGAACACUGCUGCUAACUUGCCCCAGGCCUCUGGGGAAGAGACCCCUCCCAGUGUCCCCUCACUGGACAGCGCUGUCCCGCACUCCUCUCCAAAUGUGCUGCGAAAGCACUCCACUUCCGUGAGCAUUCUGGGCUUUUCCAACACUCUGGAGAUGGAGCUGUCAUCUACCAGACUGGCAAGGGCCCUGGAGCCACAGAUCCAGAGUGUGAGCGGUCUGACAGCUGGACCCCCCCAGACAGGACCGAGCCUGCUGAGUGGCCCCACACCAACCGCCAGCCUGAUGAGUGGUCAAAACCAGGCCAUGCCCCGCCUGGCAGUCAGUCACCUGCAGACUGUGCCCACCCUCGUGCGUGGCACACCCCAGUCCAUGCCCAACCUGAUGAGUGAUUCCUCUCAGGCCGUCACCAGCCUGGCAAGUGAUCAUUCACAGGCUGAGCCCAUCCUGACGUCUGGUCCCACCCAGGCCGUGCCAAGUCUGGCAGCUUGUCCUCUGCAGAGCGUGCCUCCGGCUUUGGACAUGCAGCCGGAAACGGGAUCCAGCUGUAGUCCUGGCUCUGGCCGAGCUGCAGGGAGCCUGUGCCCUGGUGAUGGGGCUGACCCCUCCCUGGGGAAUGCCCUGUGUAAGAUGGAAAGUGAGGAUUCCACCCGUUUCACUGACUCUCUGGGACAAGGCCCCACAGCCCCUGGUCUGGAUGUUUCCAAGGACUUGGCUAUCCCCUCAGAACUGGAGGAGCCAAUUAACCUCUCUGUGAAAAAACCACCACUGGUUCCAGUGGUCAACACAUCCAUGACUCUGCAGCAGUACCAGGACCCAAAAGACUAUGAGAAUUUGGAACAAGGAGACCUAGAGCUGGACGCAAAAGAGAACCAGAGCAUCAGACCUUUCAGUAGUGAGUCCAAGAUUCCCUACGUGCGUCUGGAACGGCUCAAGAUCUGUGCUGCCUCCUCGGGAGAGAUGCCUGUGUUCAAACUGAAGCCCCAGAAGAAUGAGCAGGAUGGCAGCUUUCUGCUGGUCAUCGAGUGUGGCACUGAGUCCUCCAGCAUGUCCAUUAAGGUCGGUCAGAACAACCCGCCCGAUGCCAUCCAGGCCCCAAGUCUGGGAGGAAGAAAGGUCACUGUCACAUCUCUGGCUGGGCAGCGGUCAACAGAGGUGGAGGGGGCAUCUCCGGAAGAGCCCAGACUGAUUCCUCGAGCCCCUGGAGCCAAGAAGGGGCCCCCAGCACCAAUAGAGAAUGAGGACUUCUGUGCUGUGUGCCUCAACGGGGGCGAGUUGCUGUGCUGUGACCGCUGCCCCAAAGUGUACCACCUUUCCUGCCACUUGCCGGCUUUGCUCAGCUUCCCGGGGGGAGACUGGGUGUGCACCUUGUGCCGCAGCCUGACCCGGCCCGAGAUGGAGUACGACGAUGGCGAGAACGUCCGCUAUAACCCGCCUGGGGUACGGGGCCCUCCUGGACUGAGCACAUCCGACCAGAAGAAGUGUGAGAAGCUGGUACUGUCCUUGUGCUGCAACAGCCUCAGCCUGCCUUUCCAUGAACCCGUCAGCCCUCUGGCCCGGCAUUACUACCAGAUUAUCAAACGGCCUAUGGACCUGUCAAUCAUUCGGAAGAAGCUGCAAAAGAAGGACCCAGCUCACUACACCACUCCAGAGGAGGUGGUGUCAGACGUGCGCCUCAUGUUCUGGAAUUGUGCUAAGUUCAAUUAUCCUGAUUCGGAGGUUGCAGAAGCUGGCCGCUGCCUGGAAGUGUUCUUUGAGGGCUGGUUGAAGGAGAUCUACCCGGAGAAACAAUUUGCGCAGCCAAGGCAGGAGGACUCGGACUCCGAGGAGGUGUCCAGCGAGAGUGGGUGUUCCACUCCCCAGGGCUUCCCGUGGCCCCCGUACAUGCAGGAGGGCACCCAGCCCAAGAGGCGGCGGCGACACAUGGAGAAUGAAAGAACAAAAAGAAUGUCAUUCCGCCUCACCAACAGCAUCUCCCAGGUGUGAGAGCUGUAAGGAGCCCGAAUACUGGCAGAUGGUGCCCCGUCCUGUUGACCACUCCUCCCCACCUUUCAGCUCAUUCUCUUCAGAUUGUGGAUUUGAGACAAGUCUCGUCGAGCUGUGUAGUGCCCUGCUUUGCCAUUUGCAUCUUCCAGCAUUUAUUUGGGAGCCAUAGUGCAUCCACUACAGAGAUUUCAGUAAUAAACAGCAAAGAGGGAGGUGUUCUCUAUUACCACAAAAAUCAAAUGUGUAGGGUCCGCUUGACAAGACCAAGCCUGGUCAGGCUCGGGGGCACCUCACUUCCUUGGUGAAUUCUUCCUGCUGUGAAAGCAGAAUUUUUACACCUUUUAGUGUGCAGGGCUCAGGAGCAAGGUAUACAUCUGAACUCCUCAGGGUCUCAGAAGAGGGUAAAGGAAGGGAGCGAGGUUCUGACACAUGGCAGCCUGUGAUCCCUGGUCCAGCACAGCCAAAGACUGUCACUGUUUGCCUUUGCUUGCCUGCCGGGACAGAGGCACCUGCCCUGGGCAGGGUAAUGGAGGCUUCUAGAGGCGAGAAGUCUCGAAUUGGUGCCUAUAUGGGUUCUAACGGUUUUCAGGGUAUUUGUUUCUCAUGCCCCCUUUCCUGAUGUUGACUUAGGUGGCUGUUGUGAAAGUGCUCUGGUUAGUACGGCAUUCUUGAGCGGGCUCGGUGGCUGCACAGAGAGUACUUACAUCUUCAAGCUCAGAUUUCACUGAGCUUAAGAAGAUGUCAUCUUCAGAGCCAGCCCUCGAUGCCACUUUCUUUAGGUUAAUAGAAGCUCUUCUUUUGUCAGAACCUGCCUUCCUAGAAGUGAUUUUUGGGGGCCACCCCUUCAUUAUGUCCAUUUAGGGGUCUGGAUCCCAAGUUCCGCUUGGGAAAUUGUGAGGCAGCUGCUUCAGACAGUUUCCUGGGCAGGGAGAGUGACCCACAACCAGCUCACCCUGCUGGGCCUCUCCUCUUGCUUAGAGAUCCUAGUCCUCCACUUGUCCAUGUUCACAGAGCCAAAGAUCAGGAGUGAGUCCUCCGACUUGCCUGCCCUCAGGCUGUCUACACCCAGAAAAAGCCAAGACUCUACUGGUAGCCCUGUUUUUGUUGGAGGUUGGAGAAAGCUG